CGCAGAGGCAGAGGACGAGGAGGGAGCAGAGGGAGAGAGAGAGUGAGAGCACACACACACACUCACUCACUCACGUGACUGAACUCGACCGGAUGCAGACACAGUGGCAAGGCACAAAGCCGAAGUCUUGGAUUCCGAAUCCCGAAACAGCAAGUCACACUGAGUACGAGUACAGCGGCAGAAAACUGGUACGAGACUGGUCCCCGUACCGUAUGGGGAGCCGGUAUAAUGGUAAUGACGAAGAUGCCAGGCGGGUUGAGGCUGUGCGUACGAGUGAGGACUUCAUGAGGAUGGAGGCGAUUGAGCAAACACAGUUGGAAACGGAGGUAGAGGUUGACAACGAGCCAGUUGAGUUCUAUCGGGUGGAAAGAACAGGGGCUGUUGUUGAUGAUUACCAUGCAGUGCAGUUGUUGCAUAUAUUCUGUGCGAAGCUUCCAAAUGACAGGUAUUCGUUGACAGUUCCUUGGUUUCAGAUUGAGCAUCGCGAUGACUCGAAAGUGGUGUGUAAAGUUUAUCUCCCCAGCAAUGCACCAGAAAGUGUUCGUCUUGUGGAAGGUCCACCAUGUUCGAAUAAGAAAAAAGCACGGGAACGUGCAUGCCUGCAAGCCUGCCGGCUUCUUCAUCAAUGUGGGGCCCUCAAUGACAACCUUGUACCAGAAAAACCGGAUGACGUUGUCCUGGAUGGUAUGGACAUGAAGAAUAUUCCAUUUCCGAAGACCGGAAAAUGGUUCCAGGAAUCCAUUCCACUUUGUCUCCAAGGUGACUGGAUCACUGGAAAUGAGCAGGGGGAAGAUGAUCCCAAUGGAGGAGUUUGGCUAUUUGCCUACGGAUUAUGCUUUGAGGACAAAGGUCUGAAGGGGGUCGAUGUUCCAGAAAGAGAAGCAACAAGGGAAUAUGCUGAGCCCAGGAGUUACAUCUUGCUGAUGGAGAAGCAGAUGGAUGUGGACACAAGUCAAAUGAAAGUGCCCCUGUUCUUUGCGCAUAAUGUGUACUCGGCAGCAGCACUUUCUCCAAUGGGAAGAGUCUUCAUACCAUGGGCAAAGCUAAGGACGGGAAAACUGUUCCACUCAUGGCUGUUUAGCCGCGUCCUGAUGAGGGAGUGGUCUGAAGGUGAUUUGAGUGUGUGGUCUUCGUCAAGGGCAUACCUAAUCCUGCCAAUGGCAGAUGCUGACCGGUUCUCUUCUGCCGAGAAUGUUAUGGGUAUGAUUGAUUGGAAGGUUGUCGAAACAACGAUGAAUGAGGUAGAAGGUUGUUUGCCGGAUGGACAGUCCGGUCAAGGACGGAGGAGGAAGCGAGGGCAAGGUGAUGAGGCACCCCCUGUGCUUGACGAGGACACCUUGAUGACACUGAGCGGUCCAUAUGACGUGAGUGCUGUUCGUGACAAGAUCAUCACGUUUAAUGGUCAACAGUUCUAUGUGCUUUCUGUAAGGAAAGAUAUCAAUGCAGACAGUCCCUUCGGUGAGCGAAAUGGCAAGAAUCGUGUCUCCAAGGCGAAGACCUACACAGAAUAUUUUGCAAAGAAAUAUGGAAAAGUGCUGCUCUACCGGACACAACCAAUGCUGGAAGCACGACCUUUUGUUCUAGCAAUUAACUUGCUACAUCGAAGGAAUAAUGCUUUGGGAAAAGAGCAAGAUAGCAGUGAAAUGGGGGUUGAGGAAGACUCGGAAGAGAGAACUGCUCCAGAAGGUAAUCCUCAGCAAUGUCUUUUAGUUUCGCAACCCACUGCAGCUCCUGGCAGCAUAGAGUAUGCCAUCAAGUAUGAACAGAUGCUGCAGAAGGUAGUGGAACAUAUUAAGAAGUCUCAAGAUGCUAUGAUUGCAUCUGAGAACAAACAUAGACGGCCUUCUAACUUUCAGGUAGGGGAGAGAGUCUGGGUAAGGUCAUCUGAACUGGGUCAGGAGUUAGGGAUCUCAAGAAAGCUGAUGCCACAGUACUUUGGGCCCUGGGAGAUCUUGGACAUUGUAGGGGAUCAACCAGAUGGGCCUUCAUACGUGAUUCGUAUUCCUGCACACCUACGCACUAACCCUGUGUUCCAUGCUUCCAAGUUGGCACCUUUCGCUGCUACAGAGCAGUUCCCUUCAAGAAGAUCAAUGCUGCCCCCAACCAUGGAUGGCGAGGUCGACAUCGACCAGAUCGUGGAGCACCGAGUGAUGCCUGUUCCUCGAUCAUCAGGCAGAGGGCGCCCUCCUAAACCGAGAAUGCAGUAUCGUGUGAGCUUCAGACAUCACCUCGAUCCCAAGGAAGAUCGCUGGUUCACACGAGAGGAACUCAUGAGAACAGCGCCUCAAGUGAUUGCAGGCUAUGAAAGAGAACGAAAAGGGAAGAUGCCAGCAGAAUAAGAGACUUCUCAGAGGACUAACGAAGUAAAGGAGGAGGGAAUACGAGGAUCAGGGUCCUCGGUAGGCCUAUGGGGCCCUGUUUGCAGCCUUACCCGCCCAAGUGAAGGCGUAGGUGCCCGCCCUAAGUGAAGGCGGGCCUGGCUUUUUGCAAGAGGCCCUCGACUGUCAAUGUCAUAUUUGGGGUCCAGGCAGUUGCGACGCGCCAGUUGGUUGAGAGGAACACAGGCCGAACAACAAAGACAUUUCCACGGC